AUGCCUGAUCCCAAUGCGAUACUCAUCGAAUGUCGGGUCGAGUAUGCCAUUGGGAGUGCCAUUAUUCUGUUGCGGUUCUUUGCAAGAUGGAAAAUUGCAGGACGGCGAGGUUUUCACUCGGAUGAUUUCUUUGCAUUCUCAUCUUGGGUGUUCUUUACCAUGAUUUAUGCAAUGGUAGAGUUUCUCAAUGUAACUGGAGCUCCGAUAGCAAUGACACAGGAGCAGCGCGAAGCACUCCCGCCUGCAACGCGCAAGUCCAUGCGAGAAGGUGCAAAGGCGAUGUUUGCGUCUUUUUACUUCCUGAUCUUCCUCGUAUGGAGUCUCAAGGGCUGCAUCAUAAUUCUAUUCCUCCGUUUCACUAGGAACACUCCUCUUUAUCGAUAUGUACAGGCCGUUGGAGGUAUAUCAAUUGCAGCAUUCAUCGCUGCAAUUACCACGCAGACUACGCAUUGUUUGCCGUUGAAAAGGAACUGGCAAAUACUUCCUGACCCUGGCAAGGAAUGCUCGGCUGGUGUUGUCAUCAACAUCGUCAUUGCAGUAGGCAAUGUCUUAGUUGAUGCAUUUUUGCUCGUAGUACCUCUUUGGAUGCUCAAAGACUCACACAUCAGACUUUGGCGAAAAAUACGAAUCGUUUUCCUACUCUCCCUUGGACUGUUUGUCGUGGGAAUGGCUACAGCCCGUUGCAUCUUGUCAAUUGGAACUUCUGUUCAAGUAGCUCUCGCCUCAGUAUGGGCGCAGCGUGAGGCUAUUGUAUCAAUUUUCGCUGUCAACGCACCAGUCAUAAAUGGUCUGUUUAGAGCAGAGACCUGGGUAACGAGAAAAUGCACAAGCGAUUACUCGUCGAAGAACUCUCGCACCUAUUCAAAUCCAUUACACAAGAAGAAGAAAAGCGGCUUCGAGAUUUACAGGAUGACGGAUUUUGAGACUAAGAUGAGUGACAUGGAGGCUACCAGGGCAGAGAGCAUUGUCGAGUUGGUUACAGACCCGUCAGUUGCUUCAUCUGCGUCGCAGUGGCGCUGCUCUGUCGAAGCGGCAAGUCAAAAAGGACAUCCGAGACGCGCGAUUUGA